AAACCCAACAGAUUUUAUCCAGGGGGGGUUACUUUUAUUUUUUUGAAAGUAGGGAUCCAAGUAGCGAUGGUUAAGGAUCAGGCAUACUAUGCUAAUGGCUACAACAAGUCAAUUUCUGCUAUACACGCAUUAAGAACAGUUGAGAGCAACGUGAGUUACGUCUUGGAUGUUCUUAAACCAAACUUUAAAGUCUUGGAUGUAGGAAGUGGGCCUGGUACGAUUACUGUUGACUUUGGUGCUAAUUAUUUAACCGAAGGUGGAAGUAUUAUCGGGGUUGAGCCUACUCCUGAAAUUCUUGAGGAUGCAGAAGCAUACAAGAAGAAGUAUUCUGAAGAACAUGGCAAGAACCUUGAUAAUGUUUCUUUCCAAAAGGGGUCGAUUUACAAAUUGCCAUUCGAAGACAAUAGUUUUGAUUUGGUUCAUGCCCAUCAAGUUUUUCUUCACUUACAAGAUCCAGUCGCCGGUUUGAAGGAAUUGAAAAGAGUUGCUAAGCAGGGAGGUUUCGUUUGUGUUAAAGACGGUGAUAUUGAAUCAACAUUGAUUUAUCCUGAAGAAUAUGAAAAGCUUAGAGAUAUUUACGUUCUUAAGGCAAAAAAUUCCGGAUACACGGAUCCUAGAGCUGGUAGAAAGUUAAGAGGAAGAGCCAUUGAGGCAGGUUACGAACCAGCUAACAUCAAGACUACAGUUUCUAAUCGCGUUUUUGGUGAUGAUCAAGACACCAAAAAAUUAAUGGGAAAAUUAUUAAUUGACCGUGCUAAAAAUGGUGGUGAGGAAUUUUACCCUGACGAUCUUGAAAGGAGUAAACGUGUCAGAGAAGAAUCUAUCGAAUUGUUGACUAAAUUCACUAAUGAUAUAACAAGUCUUGACGUUAGUUCCAGUUUUCAAAUCAUUUACCACAAGAACUAGAAUAGUUAGAAUUGAUGUGUAUAUAUGACAUAAUAGGAAUAUAGUUUUAUUCGUGAAUAUUUU